CUCAACUGCGUUUCCUCCCUCCAGACAGCAGAUGGCGAUAUGUGUCUUUCAGGCGAUGUUUCCAGUGUGACGUAUAAUCUGGACGGAACAACUGCAGCCAUCUCGGUAGCUCGCUAGACAACAAACUCGGAACAUUCAAGAUCUUUAGACAAUUUCGUGGUUUAAUUGCCACUAUGAUUUAAACAUACUUAUGUGGAAACAACUAGAUGCCCAUUUAAUUUAAUAUUUACGUUGUAAGUCAACUAGCUGGCUGGUUAAGUUAGCACUAGUCUGGUAGCUAAUGCUAACUAGCUAUUAUCCCCGAACAUGAGUUCACUAAGCUACUCUCCUCCUUUUCUCUGCUGGACGGAGAAAGAAGCUCUGGUGAAAGAGGAGGAGGAGGAAGAGGAGGCUGUUAAAAUAGAAAAACAAGUAGAGGGUGAGGCUGUUACCGUGAAAGAAGAGGAGGAAGACGCGUUCAGAGUGAAAGAGGAGGAGGAUGUUACUGUGAAAGAAGAGGAGGAUGCAGUGAAAGAAGAUGAAGACGUUUUUGGAAUGAAGGAUGAGGAGGGGGAGAUUACUGUCACAUUAGAGGAGGACGAAGAAGAGAAGACUGGAGAUCUGAUUAACACCAGUAAAUACAUAGAGAGACAUGACUAUCGUGGAUCCUCUGGGGAGCCUCAGCAACAUCAUGAUGCUGACGAGGCAGAGAAAAGUCUCUCCAGAUCAGAACUCCUCAAGAAACACCAGCAGAGACCCAUAGGAACGAAGUCUCACUGCUGCUCUGACUGUGGGAAAAGAUUAAACUCUUCAUCAAACCUUAAAAUACAUCAAAGAAUUCACACAGGAGAGAAACCUUAUAGCUGUGAUCAAUGUGGGAAGAGUUUUACUACAUCUAGCAAUCUAACUAUACACCAGAGAAUACACACAGGAGAGAAACCUUAUGGCUGUGAUCAAUGUGGGAAGAGUUUUACUACAUCUAGCUAUCUAACUAUACACCAGAGUACACACACAGGAGAGAAAGCUUACGCCUGUGAUCAAUGUGGGAAGAGAUUUAUUCUGCUAGAAACCCUGAAAUCACACCAGAGAAUACAUUCUGGAGAGAAACCUUUUGGCUGUUAUCAAUGUGGGACGAGUUUUUCUCACUUAAGCAGCCUGAUAGGACACCAGCGGGGACACACAGGAGAAAAACCUUAUAGCUGUGAUCAAUGUGGGAAAAGUUUUACUACAUCUAGCAAUCUAACUAUACACCAGAGAACACACACAGGAGAGAAACCUUAUGGCUGUGAUCAAUGUGGGAAAAGUUUUACUACAUCUAGCAAACUAACUAUACACCAGAGAACACACACAGGAGAGAAACCUUAUAGCUGUGAUCAAUGUGGGAAGAGUUUUGGUCAAUCUGGCCAACUGACUGUACACCAGAGAACACACACAGGACAGAAACCUUAUAGCUGUGAUCAAUGUGGGAAGAGUUUUGGUCAAUCUGGCCAACUGACUGUACACCAGAGAACACACACAGGACAGAAACCUUAUAGCUGUGAUCAAUGUGGGAAGAGAUACUCUAGUAAAAGAUCUGUGAUCAAACAUCAGAAAAUACAUGAAGGAGUUGUUUCAUGAUAUCAAUGAAAUAAUGUCACAACGUAGAUUAUUUUAACAGUAGUAUUUUAAUGAAUGUCAACGUAGAACCCUAAAUGUUUGCCCCCUGUUCAAUUGAUUUUAGCCUCAUGGAAACAAUCCAGGCUCUGAAUUGAAAGAGUUACUAUUUAUGUGAUUGAACAAAAAGUGACUAACAAAAAAGAGUUUGUUACACUUACCACGUUGGUGACCCACUGGAAUUUAAAUGCAACACUUCAAAAUGUAGCUUGCAGUUUACCACGUUGGUGACCGACUGAAAUCACAAUGUAGCUAGCAGUUUACCAUGUUGGUGACCCACUGGAAUCACAAUGUAGCUAGCAGUUUACCACAUUGGUGACCUACUGGAAUCACAAUGAAACACUCCCAAAUGUUUAGGUUUUCAAUAUAUCACAAACUGUUUCUGCAUAUUGGUUAUUGAUUUGGACACGUUAAAACUGUGUUUUGACAUUGUGCUGUUCCAAAUUUAGCAAAAUGUAAUUGAAAAGACGUUGAAAAUAAGACUAUGCACGACGUCCAAUAUAUGUUCGGUUGUAGUUGAAAGUGAAAGUUGAAAAGAUUACUUUUUGGGUAGAUUUUUCAAUGACUUGAAAACAACUUAAUUUCAACAUACUUGCAGUGUAAUAAAUUGGUCUAUAAUCAA